AAAAAAGAAGUGCAGUGCAUGCCCACCGCAAGGACCAAGGGUAGCAAACCAGCCUGGACAAAAAAAAAAUGUUUAAAUGAUGGUCUGAUGCACUCUCGGGAAUAAUACUGGACAUCUUGGGUGAAGGUUGCAGAGAGAAAUGGCUGUUCAGGCAGCCAUCAUGAACUCGCAGUUCCUAAACUUCUGUUUCCCUGGUUCUGUUAUGGAGUACGAGGUGGAGAAGGGCUUGGACGGGAGUCUCCUUGGUGAAGCUGACUGCGAGGAUGACUUCAGGGAGACUACCAGGGACUUGCUCAGCUUUAUCGACUCUGCUUCUAGCAACAUCAAACUGGCUCUGGACAAGCCUGUCAAGUCCAAAAGGAAGGUGAACCAUCGCAAGUACCUCCAGAAGCAGAUCAAGAGAUGCACAGGGAUCAUUGCUUCUGGCAAUGCAGCGACUCAAGAGCCUUGCAAGGGACAAGAUUCACCACAGGCUCCAACCAGCACCCUGCAGAGCAAAACACCAACUAAACGGGACGGGUCCCAGGCCAACUUGCAGAGCAAGAGUCUGGCCGCCCUCUUUAACCCUGCCAAGGACUUGCGGGGAGAAAGGGCCAAAAAGCCCCCGCUGAGACACCGAAACCUGCCCCCAUCCUUUUUCACAGAACCAGCCAACAGCUCCAGAGUUACAUCAACUUCCGGCAUGUCCCUCAAAGACCUAGAGCGCGGAAAUCCGGAUGCAAUGGAGUUCUUUGAGCUCCUGGGGCCUGACUACAGCAACAUGGUCAGUGAACAGGAGCUCUUCCAGAGUACUCCCAUCAGGGUCCAGCAGGAGGGAACUGGAGGCCCUGAGCCAGGCUCUUUUGACUCACACCCUUUUGUGACAGGAGGUUUCCUGUAUGCAGAGCCUUGGGGCACAAGCAGCAAUGUAGCCAAAAAAACAGGGGACAUAAGGACAGUGCCAGGGCAGCCGCCUCUAUAUGGUAACACAGACUCAUCUGGCCCAGUUCAGGUGGAGCAGAGUUCUCCAUGUGCGUUGACCUUCCCAAACUUCUUUACGGACUGCUCUGUCUCUCAGGUCUCAUAUGAUCUGGCUAGUGGAUACAGCCGAGGUAGUUUUCCAACUCUUUAAAUUGAAAGAACUUUCCAUCUUUUGGAAGAACUUUUCGUUGAGAAGAACUUUCCUUAUGGAAAGACAGCA